AUGACGGCCGUUGCAAACCCUUCCUCCUUUCCUCUCAACAAACCAGGAUGGGGUGGUAACGGCGGCCAGUCAAUCUCACCGAUGACAGACGACGUCAGGGCGAUGUUCGGACGAAAAGGCCUUCAGCGAUCCAACUCGUCGUCUUCCAUUUCUUCCAACUCAUCCAGCUCAUCGACCACCACCGUCGCUACCACCAGCUCUGGGUAUAGUGGCACACCCAUCUCAUCCAACGGCGAAGUCAGUCAGUGGCCGAGUACCGCACCGAGAAAACGACCGCAGUCCAAAGGACCCUGGCCCGUGGGAAAGGAUCAUGCUGAUCUAGCGAGGAUGGCAGGAGGUAGGACGCCGAUCAUGAACGGCGGACUUGGUGGAGGAGGAGGAGGUCCUCCACAGCACCAACAGGCCGUCGGUCAACCCCAGAAUCUAUCUCAACAGGGUAUUGCUGGGAGAACACUUAGCGACGGAAUGACGACCGGCAUCCCCGUGCUUUAUCUCUUGUCCUUGAAUGGCACCUUUGAGCGCAAGACGAUACAGGUUCCUUUCGCUCCAGACACGUUGCGAAUAGGCCGACAAACUAACCAGAAAACCGUCCCUACGCCGGCGAACGGUUAUUUCGACAGCAAAGUUUUAUCGAGACAACAUGCCGAGAUAUGGGCAGACCGGACGGGGAAGAUAUGGAUACGAGAUGUCAAGUCAUCCAACGGUACCUUCGUCAAUGGCACUCGACUUUCCCAGGAAAACCGCGAAUCCGAACCGCACGAACUUCAGACGGCUGAUCACCUCGAACUUGGCAUUGAUAUCGUCAGUGAAGACCAAAAGACAGUUGUUCACCACAAAGUCGCGGCGAAAGUCGAGCACGCUGGCUUCCUAAGCCCAUCAAGCAACCUACUAGACAUGCCCUUUGAUAAUCUAGACCCCGCAAAUGGAAACGUCAUCCCCCCCAAUCAAGGAACCAUGCAUGUCCGCUCCCGGAAUGGUGGGAAUGCGGCCAUAGUGAGCAACGGCCGUAUAGUACCGGCCGCUGGGAUGAUGGGAGGACCGGCAGGUGGGAUGCCGCAUCAGCGUGGAUACUGGGUGACCCCCAUCACAGCGGAGCAAAUCGUCAAACGGUUGCAGGGCGAAAUGCGCGGUGCGAGGUUGCAAGGCCAGGAUCUUACGCGGACUGGCCAGUUCCUGUCUACCCUCUUGUCCAAGGAUGAUAUCAAAGAUCUUGAUAAGCCCGAGGUCCCUGAGCCGAGUAAGCAGCAGCAGCAGCACAUGGUGAACGGAAACGGGAUACAUUUCCGAGCCGACCCCAAAGCUCGAUUCUCCGAUCCUCCGGCCCCACCUCCGCAACAACCCUUACCAGAGAAACCCGAUAUCCCAGCGCUGAAACGCGGCAUUACCGAGCGUCCCAAAUCGCAUCCAUCAAACACCUCGCCUAUCCGUGAUAAUCUCAGUCAGAUCUUGCAGCUGCAAGAGGACCUUAAGAACACGAAGCGAGAGCUCGAAGGUCGCGAUGCCAGGUUGCGCGAGCUUGAGGAAUCUUUGCAAAAGGAACGUCUGGCUAGAGAAUCGGCCGAAGAACUGGCGAGGAAACUCGAGGAAUCCGCGAUAUCCGCGACAAUAUCUGCUGCCGCCACUUUGGAACUGGAACAGGAACAGGUCGAACUUGCGGAAGAGCUUUCGCACGUAUAUAUGAACGGAACCGCCAAGGGUGGUGUUGAGAAGGCUCUUUUGGAGGAAGCAUUUGAACCCCCACAAGAGCCUGUCGCGUCUGACGAACCUGGUCAUUUGGUCAACGGUGUCGAAAAGUCAUUAGCGGACCAGGCUGAAAGCACUGCGGCUGCGGCGAUAGAGUACCAGACGCGCAUCGAUGCCAUGGCUUCCGAACUGCGAGAUAUGAAGGAGCAGCUAGAGCAAUGGAGGAAGCGAUGCGAAACGGCGGAAUCGGAACGGGAUGCGGAUAGGAAAACGCUCUCCGAGAUGGUAACUAAGAUUCGCCAGGACGAGGAAGCGAGGCAAGCCGCCGCCGCCGCCGCCGCAGCAGCAGCAGCAGCAGAAGCGAGUCGAGGAAAGAGUCGAGGACGGUCGAAGAAUCGGAGACGAAGCGCGUCGGGCCAAGAUGAUCAGCAAGGUCAAGGUGCACCCCGGGCUCUGUCGUCGACUGGGAGGCCAUCCACUGAGGAUGAAUCCCUGGCAGAUGGUGAUGUGAGGGAUGACUCGAGCGACAAGCCAACCCUGUCGAGGGCAAAUACUAUUACCCCGCAAACAUCACCACGAAGCGGGCUCUCACAGGACCAAGCUGUCGUUGCAAGUCUUCCAUAUGCAUCAAUGCUUGGGGUUGUCUUGCUGGGGAUGGGAUUGAUGGCUUACAUUAACGGCUGGCAAACUUCCCCAAAGCUUGACCGAUGA